CAUAACAUUCAAGAAGAAAUGAGCGAAACUCAACAAAUAAAAAUCAUUCAAGCAUCCCUUUCUGAUAUUGAAGAAUUACAAAAUAUCGGCAGGCAAACCUUCUUUGAUACUUUUGCGCCUUAUAAUUCUGAGGCGAAUAUGCAAAAGUACCUAGAAGAAAAAUUUUCUGCCGAAAAGUUGGCGUGUGAGCUUGCUGACGAAAAUUCGGUCUUCUAUUUCGCUUCGCUAGAAAACGAAGUGGUAGGCUACCUUAAACUCAAUUUCGGACCAGCACAAACCGAACUAAAUGACGGUAAAGCACUGGAAAUAGAAAGGAUUUACGUGCUUGAAGCGUUUCAUGGUAAAAAGGUUGGGCAGGUGCUCUACCAAAAAGCCAUUGAAAUUGCUAAGCAGAAAAAUAUGGAAUAUGUUUGGUUGGGUGUGUGGGAGCAGAAUACCCGCGCCUUAAACUUUUAUAAGAAAAAUGGUUUCGUUGAGUUUGAUACGCACUUAUUUGUUUUGGGCGAUGAAAUGCGUAUAGUGUUUAUGGGUACACCGGAGUUUGCAGUGCCUUCUUUGCAGAUUUUGGUGGAAAAUGGUUAUGAAGUAGUCGGUGUAGUCACUAUGCCCGAUAAGCCCGGUGGUCGCUUGGGCACCAUCGAGUCGCCGGUGAAGAAGUAUGCACUCUCCCAGGGCUUGAAGGUAAUGCAGCCGCCAAAGCUCAAGAACCCAGAGUUUCUCGAAGAACUUCGGGCUUUGAGGGCGGAUCUGCAAGUUGUAGUAGCAUUUCGUAUGCUGCCAGAGGUGGUGUGGAAUAUGCCACCGAAUGGCACCAUCAAUCUGCAUGGGUCAUUGUUGCCUAAGUUUAGAGGGGCAGCACCUCUCAAUUGGGCGGUCAUAAGUGGCGCCAAGGAAACCGGGCUAACCACCUUUCGUCUCACACACGAAAUAGACACUGGCGAUGUGUUUUUCAGGGAAAAAGUAACCAUACUCGACACCGAUACUGCCGGCACACUACACGAUAAAAUGAUGCCCAUUGGCGCUGAAUUGGUACUACGCACGGUGCAAGCCAUUGAGCGAGGUGUAUAUAAGUUGCUCCCACAAUCACAUGCCAAGGCUACGCUCGCCCCCAAGAUAUUCACCAACGAUUGUAUCAUUGAUUUCAAUAAACCCGUUCGGAAAGUAUUUAAUUUUAUUCGCGGUAUGAGCCCAUACCCGGGGGCCUUCACGAUAUUGGAUGAGAGCAUCUUCAAGAUAUUGUCAGUGCGUAUGGAGGAAAUAAAACCAUCGCAUCGCAUCGGGACAUUUGUGAGCGAUGGCAAAAGUUAUCUUCGCAUUGCCUGCAAGGGUGGUUAUAUCCUUGCAGAUGAGGUGCAAAUGGAAGGGAAACGCCGACUGGCA